CCCCCUGCAUCGUGAGAGGAAAGUCAUGACUCCGGUUUUAUUUGCGGCUGCCAGCCAUAGCCCGCGAUUGCUUAGUAUUCGCCAUCUUGUUAAUUCUUGUAACGAGGACUUUGGUCGGGAUGCGUUGAAUAUUUGUUUGGGGAAAAUAUCUCAAAAGAAUCAUGUAAAAUGUCGACGGUCACCAACCUGGAACACAACUAUGGGCAGCAGUUAGCAGAACCAGCUCAUAUACAGAGAUUAGAGCAUGCCCUCUAUCUUGAACCGUUAUUGGGUUACGUUGAAAAAAUUAUAACUGAACCUAUAGCUGAAAGUGAUUUUACGGAUACAGAAACAGAAGACUAUCUAAAACCUUGUGUAAAAGAUGACGAGGAAAAUAAAAUACUUAAUGGUAUUACGAUUACCAAAGCUGAGAGAAAAGCUGAUAAAACCAGAUUAUUCAAUUUUGGUAAGGUCAAGAAAAGUAGAAGAUGGCUCAAGAACAUACUAUUGAGUGAUAGUUCAUCUGAUGAAGAUGAAGAGCGGCCAAUCACUAAUGAAGAUUUACAGAUGAUGAUUAAAGUCCAUAAAUAUGAGAAAAAACAUCAACUUCAUUUUUAUCAGGACCCAGAGCUACAUCAGUAUCAGUAUUACAGUACUGGUUUGCUUUCUAAUCAUGAUAAAUAUCCUGAACAUAGUAAAGCAUUUGGUGGGCCAAAGAAGAAAAUUUCUAAAGAACAGAAAAAACUAGAACGUAAAGUGAAGGCAAAAUUAAAAAAACUGAAAAGAGAGAAGAAAAUUGAAAAUGGUGAUCAAGAGGAAUGUGAUGAGAUUGAUCCUGAGGUGUUAAAGGCAAUAAUAGAGCAUCAUCAACGUGCUGGUAAAUCUGGCAAGUCAAAGAAACUAACGCCAGAACAAGCAGAUGUUAAACGUAAAAAGAUCUGGAUGUCGAUAGUAAAAAAAGAAAUACCAAAGGUACAGAAACAAAGGGCUUCAGCCAGAAAAGAAAUGUUGAAUAAUGCUAAAAAAUUAGCUACACAAUGUAUGAAAGACAGUCGUAGGGCUGCUCUUCACUCCCAGAAAACAACAAAAGAAAUACCAUCCCGUGCUAGAAGAUUAACAAGAGAAAUGUUAAUCUACUGGAAAAGAUUUGAUAAAGUGGAAAAAGAACAUCGAAAACGAGCUGAGAAAGAAGCUCUUGAACAACGAAAACUAGAUAUGGAAUUACGCGAGGCUAAAAGACAGCAAAGGAAACUGAACUUUCUCAUUACUCAAACUGAACUGUUUGCUCACUUUGUGGCACGUAAAAUAACUGGUGAAUCUGAAGCAGCUAAAGAGAAGAUAUUACAUAGAUUAGAUGAAGAGAGUUGUAUAGAGAAAUCAGAAAAACGUGUUAGUGGUGGAAUGUUGUAUGAUAUAGAAGAUGAUGAUUAUGAUAGUGCUGAAAUACGUAGAUUAGUGUGUAAAAAUGCUGAAGGUGCUUACAAAACCCAUGAAACAAAAAGACAUGAGUUUGAUCGAGCAACAGGAUUAUUUGCUGGUUCUAGUUUGGCUAACCCAGCUAUAAGUACUGAUGCUGAAAAACCCCAACCUUCUAUAUUUAUUGGUAAAUUAAAGGGUUACCAAUUAAAGGGUAUGAAUUGGUUGGCUAAUCUAUAUAAUCAAGGUAUAAAUGGUAUCCUAGCUGAUGAAAUGGGAUUAGGUAAAACAGUGCAGACAAUAGCAUUCCUGGCACAUUUAGCAGAGGCACAAGGUAUCUGGGGCCCUUUUCUAAUCAUAGCUCCAGCAUCUACCUUACACAACUGGCAGCAGGAAUGUCAAAGAUUUCUACCUAAAUUUAAAGUUGUGCCAUAUUGGGGAAAUGCUCAGGAUCGAAAAAUUCUUCGAAAAUUCUGGGACCAGAAGUGUUUGCAUACUGCUGAGGCAUCUUUUCAUGUUGUCAUUACCAGUUAUCAACUGGUUAUUCAGGAUGUUAAAUAUUUCCAAAGAAUAAAAUGGCAAUACAUGGUGUUAGAUGAAGCUCAGGCUCUUAAAAGUAGUACAAGUGUACGAUGGAAGAUAUUAUUAGGUUUUAACUGUAGAAAUCGUCUUUUACUUACUGGUACACCAAUACAGAACAGUAUGGCAGAGUUAUGGGCCCUCCUUCAUUUUAUUAUGCCAACUAUGUUUGAUUCUCAUGAUGAGUUUAAUGAAUGGUUCUCUAAAGAUAUAGAAAGUCAUAUAGAAAAACAGUCUGGUAUAGAUGAAAAUCAGUUGUCGAGACUUCAUAUGAUAUUAAAACCCUUCAUGUUAAGAAGAGUAAAGAAGGAUGUGGAGAAUGAACUCUCAGAUAAGAUAGAGAUUCUGGUAUAUUGUCCGUUAACUAGAAGACAGAAGAUGUUAUAUCAGGGUAUUAAGAAUAAGAUAUCUAUAGAAGAUUUAUUACAUACAGCUAUGGAUAAUAAUACACAAGCUCAAUCUACUACUAGUAGUCUUAUGAAUCUGGUUAUGCAGUUUAGAAAGGUGUGUAACCAUCCAGAUUUAUUUGAAAGGCAUGAACCCAAAUCUCCUUUCUUUAUGAAGAUGGAACCAUAUUAUGUUCCUAAACAUAUUUACAGAUGUGGUAUAUUAGAACAUGCGUUACCUAGUAAAGCUAAGAUAAUCUACAAUCUGUUGUAUAUUCAUUCACCUCAUCAUAUACACUCUUCUCUCACUUCACAAACAAAUGGUCAUGUAAAUAGUGCUUUCUCUUUUCUACGUUUUAUUGAUAUGUCACCAGCUGAGAUGUAUUCUUACAUGUUUGGUGGACUUUUAGUAAGAUGGUUAGGUUUAUUUUUAUGGUUAAAGAUGGCAUAUCGGAUACACCAUGAUAUUGUAUGGAGAGAAGAUUCUCACAGCCCUAGCUCCAACAAGUGCUUUCUAAUGAAUCCUAUUCAAGUCACCUAUUUUCCUAAUGUAGCAGAGAGUCGGAAUUUAAAAAAAAUGGUGUUCAUAAAUCCUUGUUCCUCAUUCCGAGCACAUGAUGAGCAUAUCUUACAUUAUAUACCAGAAACAAUAGCACAUCGACAAGUCAGAUUAAAAAACAAACGAGAUCAUAUGGCAGCUACACGGCAAUUGAUGAGUCCACCAAAAUCUCCUACUAAAAGUCUUUCACAUUCACCUAAGAAAGUUGGACACCCUAUAACUCCUAUGGAAGAAAUCUCUCUACCUAUACAUCAUCAUAGGUUACGACCAGAACGAUAUUUUACACUACAACCUACAGAUUAUCCACCUUUUCUAUAUAACUGUAUACCUAAGGUUCAAGCUGCUUCUAGUUCAUGGUGGUGUGAAGAUAGAAGUGCAGCAUGGCAGAUAAUGAAAGCUAAUCUAUGUGGUACAUUAGAUGGUAGAAAUAGUUUAUGGUAUGGUACACCAGAAAUAAGAGAAGAAGUUAAAUGGUCUAACUACUAUUUUACCAGUCCUACUCUAGGUGGUAUACAUAGUGUUAAACCUAAACAUGGUUGGUCAGGCAUCUUUAUACCAGAUAAAGAAAGUUUGGUAACAGAUGCUGGUAAACUGUUUGUAUUAGAUUCUCUGCUACAGAAGUUAAAGCGCGAAGGUCAUAGAGUUUUAAUUUAUUCACAGAUGACAAGAAUGAUUGACUUAUUAGAGGAGUACAUGUGGCACAGAAAACAUACAUAUAUGAGAUUAGAUGGAUCAUCAAAGAUAUCUGAACGUAGAGAUAUGGUAGCAGACUUCCAAACUAAAGCUGACAUAUUUGCUUUCUUGUUGAGUACAAGAGCUGGUGGAUUAGGUAUUAAUCUUACAGCUGCUGAUACUGUAAUAUUUUAUGAUAGUGAUUGGAAUCCUACAGUAGAUCAACAAGCUAUGGAUAGAGCACAUCGUUUAGGUCAAACUAAGCAAGUAACAGUAUAUAGACUCAUCUGUAAAGGUACUAUAGAAGAGAGAAUUGUACAAAGAGCCAAAGAAAAAAGUGAGAUUCAGCGAAUGGUUAUAUCUGGGGGUAAUUUUAAACCAGAUACUCUUAAACCCAAAGAAGUAGUUUCACUUCUUAUAGAUGAUGACGAAAUGGAGCAUAAAUUGAAAGUUCGUCAAACAGAGAAGAAAAUCAAGAGAACAUACAAAGAUGAUCGUAAAAGAAAACGGGAAUAUAAGAAAAGAGAAGGGAAAAAAUCAAAAUUAGAAGAGAAUAAUGUAACUGUACCAGCUAUUGAUAAUGAAUCUGUAGCUAGUGUAGAUUCUAUUUCUAUACCAGCUAGUCCUCAAAGUGUGAUGUCUGUAGGAAGUGAAUUAACACCAUCAGUUAUAUCUACAGCUAUAUUAGAUGAUAGUAGUAAUGAUGGUGGUCUUGUUAUAGUGGAUGAUGCUCAUUCUUCUUAUUCACCAGUUUCCACGCCAACACCGAUACCAAAGAAAGGACGAGGUAGAGGACGACCAAAGGGUUCUGGUGUUGGGAGGAAACCUCGAGGCCGUGGGGGAAAGAAAGCUAUGACUGCAGCAGAGAUAGCAGGAGCUCAAGCUGGUUUAACAGCAGCCUAUGCAGCUUAUGGUUAUAACUUUACUGGGACAGGUACGAGUAAUUCACCUAGAGCUUCAGGUUCUUUACCACCAUCUGGACGUACUACACCUACAGUCUAAUUUGUCCAGUCUUUUCUUGCCACCACUGCUAUUAAUAUUAUUUAUAAAAUGUUCAAAUUUAUUAAUAUUUUUAAACAGUUUUGUAUUGAAAUAUUCUCAUUAUCCAUUAUAUUGUUACAAGUACAUUAUCAGUUAUAUAACAAUAAUUACAAAGUCAUACAAUUUAUGUCAUUUGCUUUUUUUUCAGACAGUUUCUUAUUAUUCAGUUAUUUGACACUAAAAUAUACUCAAAUUGAUUAUUUCACAUUUCAUUAUGAAAACAAAAUAUCAGUUAUGAAUAAUCUCCCAGCUUGGAUUAAAAAAAGGUUCCUCAAAACAUUUUACCAAACACUUAAGUUGACAGUGGCUUGUUUAUAUUGUAUUCAGAGGAUGUCAGAUGUGAAAUUUUCAUUGCAUCAUAUACAUGUAUUUGUAAAUACUGAAUGGAAUUGAACCAGGAUAUUCCUUUAGUUCGCAAGGGAUUUAAAUCCUUCAAUUAACGAUCAGUGGCUUUAAGCACUUUGAAUAGUACUUUUAGCUAAGAGAGUGCUAUGCCAUCAGCUGUAUUAUACACAUAUAUUCUACCGUACUUAAAAAUUGAUGCUGGUUUUCAAUUAAUUUGUUAUGCUACUUGUGUAAAAAUGGUUGGUUUUCAUAUGCAAUAUGGUAAUUUGAUGUAAAAUGCUGAUAAUAUGAUUCAGGGAGUAUUAUGCUAUGCAGCAUGUUUUCUUUAGUCUUGAACUUUAAUAGCACAAUUGAUCGAAACAAUUUUAGUCUUUCAAACAAGAGGGUCUUUCAAUGUUGAUCCCUGGUACUAAUAUCUAUUUGAGGUGAUUUUAUUAUCAAAACUGCUGAGUAUAUUACUUUGUGUGUGAUUUCAGACAACGCUCUAAUUUUAUUAGAGAAAUGUGAAAUCUAGCACUGCAAAGAAAAAUGGGACCAUGGGUAUAACUGUAUACAAAAUACUGUUCACAAACAAAUUACAGUCAAUUUAUUUUAGCAAUGUAUACCUGUUUAUUCGAAUAUAAAUUCUUUACUAAUAUUUUAAACAUAAAAUAAGUCUGGCACUUCAGUGAUAUGAACCUUUCAUGAUUUUAUGAUGUCUAAAUUUCUUAUUUUAUGAAAACCCAAUUCAUAUCUGCUCCUAAUUGUCUAGAUGAGGUUAUAUUCCACUUAAUGACACCUUAUUUCAAACCAAGAAAAAUACCUCAAACUGAAUCAAUUUAAAAAUUUUAACGCUAUUGUCCUUAUAACUCUAUAUAAAUCAUUUGUUAGAAUACUUUAGUACAUUUUAAAUUUCUUUCUUUCUUACAAUUUCAAACAAAUAGAUCAUUUAUGAUUCAUAUAUUUAGACCAGAGUUAGCAGUUAAUGAGGUCAUAUAUCGUUAUCCCCGGUUGUACGUGACAAGGAGUAGGGUUACCUGUCCAACCUCGUUGGUUUUCUCCGGGUCCUCCAGUUUCCUCCCACUGAUAAAGACCCCUAUGCGCAAGCGAAUUAUUGAAAUAAAAUUAAACCAUAUGUUAGUCCCGAAAUGACCUAGUUUGUGUCGAGGAUGUUAAACCCCAUUUCUCUCUCUCUCUUAUAUAUAGUUAAUUGAAAUAUUAAGAAAAGUUGUCCAAUUUUUAAAUUGUACUGAGUAUUCAGUAAGAUUGUGUUGACCUUCCAUUUUCCAAUGGAAGAUUAAAUAUUGAGGUUCUAUAUUUUUUGAUAUUGCUGUUUGCAGUGUUGUCAGUGUUUUUGUUUUAUUAUUAAAGUGUAUAUCUUUUUUAAUAAAAUGUGAUUGUAUAUAAAGAAAGUGAGUUUAAUAUAAUCUUGUUAUGUAGAUAUGUACAUAUUUAAUACUAUAUGCACUAUAUAUAGGUAUUAUAUGGAUGCACACAAUAUGUUGUUUAUAAGUGAAUUAUGUAGUUAUUAUUAUCAUGUCAAAUGUUUUAUUCAUUUGAUAUACCGGUAUAUAAAUAUAUAUAAAAUGCAAAUAAAAAAAUUAAAAAUGAAAA